CAGUCCCGGACCGGAGUCCGUGGCUCGGGCCCGAGGACCAGGUGGGCCAGAGGCCAGAUCCGCUCCUCGGACCCUCCGACGCGGUCCCAGCCAGAGCGGCUGCGGUUCCUGGCGAGGUGGGGAGGCGCUGCCAAGCCCCAGCAGGGGAAGAUGUUUAACGUGGAGUCGGCGGAACGGGUGGAGCUGUGCGAGAGCCUUCUCACUUGGAUCCAGACAUUUAAUGUGGAUGCACCAUGCCAGACCGUGGAAGAUUUAACGAGUGGGGUUGUGAUGGCCCAGGUUCUUCAAAAAAUAGAUCCUGCAUAUUUUGAUGAAAAUUGGCUAAAUAGAAUCAAAACAGAAGUGGGAGAUAAUUGGAGGCUAAAGAUAAGCAAUCUAAAGAAAAUUUUAAAAGGAAUCCUGGAUUAUAAUCAUGAGAUUUUAGGACAGCAAAUUAAUGACUUUACCCUUCCUGAUGUGAACCUUAUUGGGGAGCAUUCUGAUGCUGCAGAGCUCGGAAGGAUGCUUCAGCUUAUCUUAGGCUGUGCUGUGAACUGUGAACAGAAGCAAGAGUACAUCCAAGCCAUUAUGAUGAUGGAAGAAUCUGUUCAACAUGUUGUCAUGACAGCCAUUCAAGAGCUGAUGAGUAAAGAAUCUCCUGUCUCUGCUGGAAAUGAUGCUUAUGCUGACCUUGAUCGCCAGUUGAAGAAGACUACAGAGGAACUAAAUGAAGCUUUGUCAGCCAAGGAAGAAAUUUCUCAAAGAUGCCACGAACUGGACAUGCAGGUUGCAGCAUUGCAAGAGGAGAAAAGUAGCCUAUUGGCUGAGAAUCAGGUAUUAAUGGAAAGACUUAAUCAAUCUGAUUCCAUAGAAGACCCUAACAGUCCAGCAGGAAGAAGGCAUCUGCAGCUCCAAACUCAAUUAGAACAGCUCCAAGAAGAAACAUUUAGACUAGAAGCAGCCAAAGAUGAUUAUCGAAUACGCUGUGAAGAGUUAGAAAAGGAAGUCUCUGAACUUCGGCAGCAGAAUGAUGAACUAACCACUUUGGCAGAUGACGCUCAGUCUCUAAAAGAUGAAAUAGAUGUUCUUAGACAUUCUUCUGAUAAGGUGUCUAAACUAGAAGGCCAAGUGGAAUCAUACAAAAAGAAGCUAGAAGAUCUUGGUGAUUUGAGGCGGCAGGUUAAACUCUUAGAAGAGAAGAAUACUAUGUAUAUGCAGAACACUGUCAGUCUAGAGGAAGAGUUAAGAAAAGCCAAUGCAGCUCGAAGCCAACUGGAGACAUAUAAGAGACAGGUAGUAGAACUGCAAAAUAGAUUAUCUGAAGAAUCGAAGAAAGCAGAUAAAUUAGAUUUUGAAUAUAAGCGGCUAAAAGAAAAAGUUGACACUCUUCAAAAAGAAAAGGAUAGGUUGAGGACAGAAAGGGAUUCUCUGAAGGAAACCAUUGAGGAGCUUCGUUGUGUGCAGGCUCAAGAAGGGCAGCUCACAACUCAAGGGUUAAUACCUCUGGGAAGUCAGGAAUCUUCAGACAGUCUGGCAGCAGAGAUUGUUACACCUGAAAUCAGGGAGAAACUUAUUCGUCUUCAGCAUGAGAAUAAGAUGUUAAAACUUAACCAGGAGGGUUCAGACAAUGAAAAAAUUGCCUUAUUGCAGAGCCUGCUGGAUGAUGCAAAUCUACGCAAGAACGAACUGGAGACAGAGAAUAGGCUGGUGAAUCAGAGACUUCUGGAAGUACAGUCCCAAGUUGAAGAACUGCAGAAAUCUUUACAGGACCAAGGAUCAAAGGCAGAAGAUGCUAUUUCAGUUCUUCUAAAAAAGAAACUUGAAGAACAUCUAGAGAAGCUGCACGAGGCCAACAACGAGCUGCAGAAGAAGAGGGCCAUCAUCGAAGAUCUGGAGCCCAGGUUUAACCACAGCUCCUUAAAAAUUGAAGAAUUACAGGAAGCUCUACGGAAGAAAGAAGAAGAAAUGAAACAAAUGGAAGAACGAUAUAAGAAAUACUUAGAGAAAGCUAAAAGUGUUAUCCGUACCUUAGAUCCUAAACAGAACCAAGGAGCAGCACCAGAAAUACAAGCUCUGAAAAACCAGCUUCAGGAACGGGACCGACAGUUCCAUUCAUUAGAGAAAGAAUAUGAGAAAACCAAGAGCCAGCGAGAGAUGGAAGAGAAAUACAUCGUCAGUGCCUGGUACAACAUGGGAAUGACUCUGCAUAAAAAGGCAGCUGAAGACAGACUUGCUAGUACAGGUUCAGGGCAGUCAUUUCUGGCCAGGCAAAGACAAGCAACCAGCACAAGAAGGUCUUACCCCGGCCAUGUUCAACCAGCCACAGCAAGGUAGACAAGUCUUGCUAUUUGAACAAAAAACGCCCUGCAUUCAAACAUACUUCUGUUAUCCAUAACACCAUUUCAGGAAAUUCAGCCAGCUAAUUUUUUUUCUGUGUUAUGUUAAUUACUUGUUUCUCAUUUGAGAACUUUCUCUCUGUAUCUAUAAUGUUUUAGUUUCUUGGUCUUUUAUUUUGUAGUCUUUUCAGUUUCUUUUAAUGUGCCAAAAAAAUUUUAAAUGCCCAAUUAAAAGUGUUGUAUAACAGUGUAGUACAUUUCUUUGUAUGAAAAUGUCCUUUCCCCAAUGGUGUAAGCUUUGUAAUGAAUUAGAUUUUCUGCCAAUAAUUGAUAUACAAUUUAUAUUCUUUGUUGUGCCUCUGUGUUACCAUGCUUUACAAGAAUGUCUUUGUUUAAAGGGAAUUAAUCUUUAUAUAUUAAUCUGUGUUUUCAAUUGUUUUCCAAAUGCACUUCAGAUAACUUGCAUAUUUACUAUAUAAAAUGAAUGGUUGGCAAGUGCACUUUUUGCAAAGACAUAAAUGCAUUGGCAGAGGUGCUAAGUAGAUCUUACCUAGGGCACCUGAUACAAUUAUUUAGAGGGAAAAAAUUAGUUUUCACAUUGUUUUAUAGGAAAUUAAAUUUGUUCGAAGAUUUGGAAACUAUUUUUAAAACAUAAAUACAUAGAAUUUUAUUAUUUCCUGCUAUCUUGUUGCUGGCAGAAGUGAAUGCAUUGGUUAGGUUACUAGGGGGUAAAUUACAGAAGAGAAAAAAUCAGGCAGUGCAUUAAUUUUUUCCUUAUUUUGGAAUACCAUAGUACCUGAGGAUCAGAUUCUGGCAGUGUGGCUGGUACUCUGGUUUCAAUUGGCCUCCACAUCUUAGAGACCUAUUUUUUAUAUGCUUACAAGUAAUAGGUAGCAGUACCUUCGGGGCAACUUCUUUUUUGACUUGCAUCUCAUUGUUACUUACUUGUUAAUAUAAAUACUUCUAUUUCUCAAUAUUUCCUAAUACUUAACAUCUUAAUAUCAGUCAUUAAGAUCAAUAAGUGGCUUCUUACAUGUGAUGUUGUAAUAGGUCUCUUUCACAUUUUUUCUUAAUUCUAUGUAUUAGUCCAAGAAUUUGCUACUGAACAGAUUCUCUUAGGUAUUUGGUUGCAUCAGAAUGCUUAGAUAUGUUUAUGGGUUGAUUGUAAACCAUGUUUAUUUACAUUGGUAAAUGGUUGUCAUGUAAUAAUGACUGUAAAGCACUUUGACUACAGCAGGUGCUAUAUAAAUGUACAGAAUCACUUAUCUGAAAAUGAAAUGCCUCUGCCUGACUUUCCAUGUUGACUUAAGUGUUUGAUCCCCAUUUAUAUUUAAGCUUCCCUCCAGCCUUUUUCUUGCACCCUAUAGCCCAUUUUUUAAAAAAGCAAAACAUUACUUAAAUUAGAUCAAUUUUUUGUUUGUUUUUGUUUUUAGAUAGGUCACCUAAUAAGAGGAUUUUAUUUCAUUGCACUUGCUGUUUAGAAGUUCAGGUUUCAUUUGGUUCUGGAUAUUAAAUACAAAUUAGUAACUUUAAAUCAAGCUAAAUGUAAUUGAGAAUUUUCAGAAACUAUAUUCAAAUGUUUGAUUUUAAACUCUUCCAUUUUUAUAAGAAAAUUGACCUAAAAAUUAGUAGUAUUUUCAUUUGCCCUCAGAAAUCGGACUUGAAGAAAGUAUUAGAAUAUACACAGAAAUGACUUCAUGCAUUGUGCUAAUUUUACACUAAGAACAGAAGUCUAAGCACAGUGUGAAUGCUUCUGCCUGAAAUGACCACAAAGCAGGAAGAAUUAGUAAUAAUGGAGAGAACCACGUGAGUAGAGUACAGUGUGGGGUUUCAGGAAGGUAAGCAGACCUAAUCAACAUAGAAAGUUUUGACAAUAAGAGAUCAAAACCCAUUUAGGGCGGUUCUUACUCCCAGCCCUCAUUUUACAAAUAGCAUUAGGGGCCAACUGUUUUAAAACAGAGUGUGAACACUAAUCUUGGUAAAAUUAAAAUAAUUGGGAAAUUAUACCCCCAGAAUAAGGUAGAUGAACAUAAAAGAGUCUAUGAACUAUUUAUUAAAAGGAUUGUAUCCCAUAAGAUAAGAGGAUUUAAUUGUACUUCUUAAUUAUUUACUGCCCAGUCCUGAUCUCCAGCCCACCCACCAGCUCAGAUACACUUCUCUAAAUGGGUUGGAGAGGUGCCAGCCUUUUAAAGGAUGUUUUCCUUAUUCUUCUUCUUCAGCAUCUGUUGCAUGCUAUUAUUUUGGUAUUUUACAUUCAUAACUUUCACUCUCCUUUACCUUCAAGGUUUAGUACAUUACUUUCAUUAUAUAGAAGAAAUUAUAUUACUAACAUUCUAUGAUAUUUUUUUAAGAAAGACAGGAAUAAAACUUAGCCCUAACAGUGACAACUCUGUUUCUCUUGUCCAGCUCUGGGGAGGAUUUAUGAAAUUUCUUUCUUCUGUAAUAAUUAAUAAUUUCCCAGGAAGCGUGUGACGAUGCACAGUUUGCAGGAAGGUGAAAGACCCUGGCACGUUAUCGAGCUGCGCGCUGUGCUGCGCUGCUCAUUCACAGACUACUUACGUAACACAGGCGCUUCGGCACAGUCCGCUCCGGAGGCGGAGCCAGUCCUGGCCUCUGCAGUGGAGUGAGUACUACUGUACUCACCGUGCUCACGGUAGUACAGUAGUACUACCGUGCUACUGCAUUAGGCUGAGGUGGUCCAUCAGUCUAGUGCCCAUGUUCCUAUAAACAAAAAGCGUAUUUGCUGUUUUUCUUCCAAUCAGGUGUUAAGGAAAUGCGAAGUAAACUAAGGAAUAGUAAAGCAUAACAUUUGUGUUCUUCAGUGUAUAUUUAAGAAGUUCAUAAUGGGGGAAAAAAUCCAGCAAGUAUUGUAGUUUACCACAUCUAAAAAGAGAAUGAAUAAUACAGUUGAACUUAAAAGAACUUCCAAAAUUUCAUCCAUAUCUUUUUAUAAUUUGCCUAAUCACUUGUUAAUAACCAAGAAAAAGAAGUCCCUAAAUAAAAGACCCAUGUUCCAAAAUUGAUCAAGAUUGAAUUAUUUCUGUUAGAUAGCCAUAGCCUAGUGAAAUUGGCUUAAUGGGAUACUUAGAUUAUAAAAGGAAGCAUUGCCUGUAAUUUCAUUGAGGUUUUAUUAUUUUUAUUUAUAUAAUAAAAGCUCAAUUGUACAAAAUUAAGCUAAAUGUUAUCCAGCCAGAGACAUAAGCCUGUAUAUACACUUCAUUAGUUUUCACAAAGGUGUGAAAAUUCAUGCUGUCCAAGUAGAUGAGCAGUAAGUUGGAAGUGAAAGCUGAGUUGAAGACAUGUCAUUUAUGCUCUACUUUCCCCACAUCUCCUUGUCCAGAGCAGUUCUGUCCAGUCUUGUGAACUGAUGACACGAGCUAUUUCUGAGAGUCUCCUGCACCCAGGUAGGCAUCCUCUUUCAAGAUAGCCAUGUUAAAAACUUGAAAACCUUUACCCCAGUAUAAGAAUUAUCUUGAAACAAAAAUACAAAUUUUGAAAUUAUCUUAACUCUCUGCAUUCAAUCUCCAGUUGUCCAGAUCUCAGACUCCAGGAAUGUUACAGUUGUCCUCAGCUGGAACAUGUGAGCUUUAUCCGAAAAGGCAUCCCCAUCCCACAGGUAGUACAAAGUCCGCUAGAUCACAGACACGUGGGUCAGAACACCUGUGACCUUGCAGGGACAGCCAAGUACUUGGCGUCUUGCUUUUGCUAAGGGCAAAAUAACAACAUUAAGACAAAAUGUUUUUUUUUGUUGUUGUUGUUGUCUGUUCAUUAAAGUAUGGAAGGAUAUUUUGACUGUUUAGCCUGACGUUAUAAAGGGACCCUUUCCCUGGAAAGGGCUGUGGAACUGACUGACGUAGCUUUGUACUCCUUACCACCAGAGAAGCCGGUGCAGCGCCCCAAAGUAGGGUGAAACACUGCACUCGACAGAAGUAAAAUGGGCUACCAGAAACUUCUAAAAUCACUUUAACAUGCUUUUUACUUUUACCUUUUUGUAAGAUAAAAGGGCUUUCCAUUCAGUAAUGAUCAUCUCUCCUCCUGCGGUUCCCACCGUCGGCAGGCAGCUGGUUUUGGUGGUCGCACAGCCCAGCUCCAUCACGCCGAGAAAGCAGUGUCAGAGCCUGUCCUCUGCCGCUGGAAUGACGGUACUGUUUGUCUCAUGGAGUCUGUGUGUGAGGAAGGCCAUUCUCGAUGUAUCUGCCACCCUAGUUUUUACUUUUUCUAUAAAGCAUAUUUAAAUAGUAAGUGGUGUAAGUUCCUUCUAUUGAAGCUUUUGAAAUGGUUUUAUUACCUCAUUUGAGCACAAUGAUGUUAGGGUCUAGUUUUGCAGGAAAUAUUAUUCAUUUCUCAGAAGCCUAAAAAACAUGAGAGAAUUUGUUACGCAGCUAAUUUCUGCCCUUCCCCUGUCCUUUCCAUCAUGGACACAUAAGUAUUUAGCUUCCUUUUUAUAAAAUGAGGGACAGUACAGGUGUGAUGACAUCCAUUUCCUUCACAUCAUUGAUUAUAUUCUUGGGAAGCAUGUACCGAUUAUUUUGUUUUUAAACAGCCCUUUAUCAAUCCAAUUCACAUUUUUAUCUUUUUAAUGUAAAAACUUAUGAAAUUUAUAUUUAAUGUUACCUUUAAAGAGCAAUAUGGAAAAACUAGAGGCCCAAACCUAGUUAUGGCAAGUAUAUGAGUUUCGGCAACUGUGGGGAACCUAUAAAUAUUUUCUAACAAUUAUCUGUCAGCAAUUAUGUUAUGUCUCUUUUCAAUAUUUUUCUGUUUUUCUGACAUUUUCAAACAAUAUUCUGUAAGAUAAGUUUGUAUGCCAUAUAUAAGUGAGGAUAGAAGUCUGAGAAAGUAACAGAACUGUUCUUAAGACAAAUUCAUUCCUAGAUAGUAGAGUGGAUUAUUGGGAUAAGAAAUGACCUAGUUCUAGAACAUUUCCAGGCAGAUAGAAGUAUAAUACAGUCAAAACUUACACUGUCUUAACCAGUGCUCCUAAAGUAAUAGUUUAUAUAAAAUUUCUGACUUUGUUAUGUGAUUAUUCAAUAAAAAAGCAGACAAAGGUAUAAUUUAUUUUCUAAUUAUCCUUCCCUUCAAUGGGCAUAAAUUGGGCAUACCAUAUUAACUGUAUAUGUUAUCAUUGGGAUAACAUAUACAUAUAACAUAUAACAUUGGGAUAUCAUUGGGAGGGGAAAAUACCUGUUUUCUUUUUGAAACUGUUAACCCAUUACUAACCCUGAGGUCGUGACUUAAGGUCAUUAAGAAUACUGUGAUUUGACAAGAUGAGAAGAAAUCUGUGGGGCUGAAAAUCACUACCAACUUCCUUACAGUCACCUCGAUCUGCUGCUUUAGCCAGUUUACAAACCAUAGGCUCAAGUUUAUGUCCCCCUUGAUUAUACAUAGUAGCCCCACAGAAAUAUUUGUUUAAAGUCAAGGCAAAAAUAGUUUAAAAAUACAUAUUCAAGGCGAGCCCUUAUGUUCCUGAUACAUUUUCACCAGGCUCUGAAGGAGAUGUUUAGGAUCUGAAGAUGAAGUUAUCAGAGAGGGUGUCCCUGGCCUCAAAGGGGUGGGUCCCUGGGGUUAUCAAACAUCCUGCAUUAUGUCCACUCAGAGCUUAAAGGAAAAGUUAAAUGUCAUGGGAAGAACAAUCUCAAAGUGAGAAAAAGAAAACUACCAGAGCAUGCUGAGGCUUUAAUAAUGUACAGGGGAGACGUCUGAGCCGGCAUUAUCCCCUUUGAGAUUUCUAAAUUGACAAAAAAUAAUUAGGAACUAUAUUGUGAAAUUAAUAGAAGGGGCUCGUGUUUAUUCUCGGUGUAUUUGUCAACCUGUGUUCAGUGAUUACUGUAUAUACACUCUGUCGUGUUUAUUUUGUAUAUGUCACUAUUAGAAUUGAGUAUCUUGAUAUUACUUACUAUUCUAAUCAUUUAUGUAUUAUUUAUACUUCACUGCAAGAUUCACAGCACUUUACUAAUAUUAGAUGAUUAUUUUCCUUAACUUCCUGUGGCAUGUUUUAUUUAUCUUUUCCAAUGGGGUCCUUUUCCUUAUUUUGGAGCAUUCACUACGAAAAAUGUAAAAGAUUGCCCAAAUAAAUGGGCUUUGUACUCUUCCUGAAAUUUUUAAAGUCAGAUCUGAAGUUCUAAGUUUGGAGAUCUAUUUGAAGUUGGGUUGGGGCUACUAAGCAUGAAUUACGUUUUAUAUUUCACAUUAAUCAAACUCUUAUGUAAGUUAAUAACUAAUGAAACGAAGUUCUCUCACAUAAACGCCCUUGAAAUGUUGUUUUCUGGAGUUGGAGCAGUAAAACGUGAAUAAUCAUCUGGUGAAUCAAAAGAUGUUCUUACCUUUAAUUUUCCUGUCACCUAAAAUACAAACCUACAGACUGUCCUUAACAUUCGUAGUUUCUUCAUCAUUGCAUACACCCAAAGGCAGGAAAAGAAAGCCAAGUUCCAUGAGCUAUUAAGUCAGAGGAUCUGGAAAGUGGUUGGGGUGGGGUGAUGGGAAAAGGCAGACCCCAAAGAUGGCAAAACAGUACAGAAAUAUUAUUAGUUCUGUUACAACAGAUAUACUUUAUGAAGUUGGUCAUUUUCUUGAGUUCAAAUACAGCAAAGUUUUUGGCUUACUAAGGGAUGUUUUUAAGAUUUAGGACUCUGCCAUUUGUAACUGGAAUAUAACAGUAUUCAAAUCAUAGUCAAAAAGUACCAAAAUAUUUGUUGUUAUAUAAGCAUCAACAUAUGAUUACUGCCAAACAACAGGAAGAUUUGCUCGUAAGAACAUUCUCUUAGUUUUGUAUCAUUUUGUUUUCAGAUGAGAGAAAGGUUUUUAUAGUGUGAAAAGUUUCUGUAGUCUUUCUUCAGCAGUCCCCACAUCUGACUGAUAGGCUUUGCCCAGGCAGGUCCUAGAAGAGAGCAACAUGGAAAAGCAGGUCUAGACUCUGACCUUGGAGAGGAGAGCUGCGCUUUGUUCUCCCAACGCAGAAAAUCACGUGCACGUGCGUGCGUGCGUGUGUACACACUUGAGGACAGACCAUGUUAUGGAUGUCUACCAGUUAGUAGUUGAAUGGAUAGGUUCCCUUCAGAUUGUCUUUAUCACCCAUUGACUUCUUGUUAAUCUAGACAAGAGUAGAUUUUAGACUUGCAUUGUCCGAUUCAUUAGCUGCUUGACCCAUGGCAAUUAAAAUUAAGGUUAAAAUUAAAUAAAAAAUCAGUUCCCCAGUCACCCAGUCACACUUGAAGUACUUCAGUGACCGCACUUGGAUGGUGGUCACCAUACUAUACUGGUCAGAACAGAUCUGGAGCAUUUUCGUCCCUGCAGACAGUGCUUUCCGCCAGCGCUGUCACCCUCAAGGGAAAAUAAGGACACAACAAAGGUGUUCGAUUCGUGUACGAUAGCUCUUAGAUUUUACUGUAAUAGUUGAUUUGAAUAAAGCUAUUUUUCUUAUUAAAAUUAAUCCCAGCCCUUUUAAAAACCUUGGAAAAAUCAAAACCCCAUUCUUUGAAACUAAUUUUCAAUAUAUAUUUUUAAACAGAUUCUCAGCACUUUACUUUUCAAGUAACAUAAUUAAAUCAUUUCAUAAGUCUUAAGUUAGUAUCUUUAAGAGUUUUUAUGUAGUGCUUUAACAUUGAUGAUAGUUUACACUGAUUGAGCAGAAACUGGUGAAUGCUUAUUUAUAAGUAAAAAUUUGAUAAACACCAUAUCCUUCUAUUUGGUUACAUUUAAAUCUAUAUAGAGCUAAUGAAAGUUGCCAACAGUUUUUUUUCUAUCCCUAAGAUCAUAUUUGAUUAUCUUCCACCUUAAAGGUACAUCAUAUCCAAAUAAUUUCUUUGUUUUUCUUUAGUUUCUUGCUCUUAACAAGUUGAAUAGUGAAUCAAGUUAAAUUUAUUGUAUGAAGCAAACAUUUUAUUCCAGUGACUUAGUGAAUGAAACAUUUUUUAAUAUUUAUUAAUUUACUUGGCCUAUUACUAAUGCACUUAACAUAAUUAAAUGGUCUAUACAAAUACAUUGUUGAGGUUUUUAAUGAAAAUAAGAAACUAAUCAUAAUUCUUUUGAAUUCAGUUUGCUACUUAAACUAUCCUGUUAUGAAUUCAUGAUGCUUUUUGUCUUUUUAAGAAAUUUUAUCAAGCAACAGACUUGUUCCAGUAGUAUCAAUUUCUAAGCAAAUUAUGAUGAAACUUAUUGUCAUUCAGGUUCAGAUUAGUAAACGGUGUAAUUUGAGUUUUUCAUUUUCUUGGUGGCCUAAUUUACUGUGUUCUACACAGACUCAUAUUAAGGGAAAUUUUCAACAUGCUUGAAAUAAGAAACAGCAUUUUAGUAUAAACACAGGAAAUGACUGUACAUAAAUACCAAUCAGUGAUUUGAGGCCUUCUAAUCUUCCAGUGGUAGCCUUUUGUUUUUUAAGAGCCUUAGUUAUUUAAAACUCAGAAGCACCAAAAUGUCAUUGCUGUCACUGACUUUGCUGCUUCCUGGUUAUUUGUAAUUCAAAAUGCUUUGUACUCAGAAGAAUCAUUUUCAGGUUUGUCUUGUUUUGCCAUGUUCAUGGCUUGACAAUUGCCCUGCUAUUUAUAACACCCAAUUUUUGGUUGUAUGAUGAAUGGUAAAAUUCAAACAUAUCUAAUAAUUUGCCUUAUUUUGAUUAAUAAGUUCUGUCAAAGAUUUGGGGAUAGUAAGAGGCUUUUUCCCCCCUACAGUAUUUUUUAAACUUUUCCAAUGAGCUGGAAAACACCUUAGUACAUUAGAGGUGGAGUUGUAUCAAUUAUAGCCCCAGCUCUACAGCCUUAUACUCAUGUCUUAAGUAUCACUGAUUGUUCUGUGAAUUGUUGUUAGUUCCACAUUUGACACUGUAGUCACCCACCAAAGUUUAGCCUUUGCAAAAAGUAUAUUGCUAGGUAUAGUCUUAUUUCUGAUUGACUAUUGAUAAUUUCACAUUUCAUUCUUUGUCAUUGUAGUCCAAAAAUGAAAUCCACAUAGGACUCUAAAUUUCUCACUUUACAAGAGGAGUCAGUACAAAUUUAGCAACAUUGGCGACCAAGCAUUUUUCCAUGUUUAUCAAGUUUACCAACCAUUUACUGUGUGUUAGAUUGGUGGAUUUUCUCAGUUUUUCUGAGGUGAAUGAGUUGGUAGAGAAUCUCAGUAAGAAAGUUUUACUAAAGUUGUAAAAAUACAAAGUUCAAGAAACCACCAGAAUAUUUUUAAUUUCUUUGAAAUCUUAUAUUGUAUUUCCUUUUGAUAUCACUUACUCAUUUUAAUUUUAUGACUGCCAACUUGUUAUGGUAUUAAUUAUAUGUAUAUGUUUAUAUGUAUGCAUAUAUUAUAUGUAUAUGAAGAAUAAAGUUAAGAUUUGGUCAAAUUAUAUUUUCCCAUUCAAGUACAAAAAUGUUUUCAAGGCUGCAAAAAGUGUACAGUUGUUAAACAAGUUGUAAAUAAAGACUUGUAUAAAAAUUCA